AGGCCUGGCCUGGAAUGAAUCCAUUCAUUUUCAGCCGUUGUGACUUUUUACUAGAGCCGUGACUAUUUGAAGGUUGUUUGAGAAGAGUAGUACCUACCGAGGUAGGUAGAGGGUACGGUAUGGCUCAACUACACCUUCCGUAGUUUGAUCAGCCUUACGCUCGAGCCACAACCUUCAUUCCCCAUUUCCUAAUUGAUACCAGCUAUCAAGAAACAUUACCCAGUACACAACUCGCCGAUGUAAAAUUUGAACCUCGCAGAUCAUGUCUACAAUCGCCCAGCCUCGAGAAAGCUCCGUCAAUGGGCGUCGUGUGCCUUUACUCACAACACCUACCUCCUCAACACGACCGAGUUUAGACCAUUCCCGUUCAACUGAACCAUCCCCCAAUCGAGGACCUUCAAUUGCGAUACCUCGGCGUAAUCGUGCCGCUCUACGAGAAUAUUAUAACCUCAAGAAGGGACAAGAUGCGACUACUGACGAUGCCGCAUCUGAAGCCUCCUCGAUACACUUUGAUAGUGAAGUACAAGAAAGCGAAAUGGACAAGGAUAGAUUUGACGGCAAGAAAUACGUGAAAGACGUUCUGGAAAAGCAAACACUUGGAGAAUUGCUGCGGACUUAUAACGGAGUUUUGACCGAUAUAAGGGCUCUCGAUGCGGAGAAGAAGGCACUGGUUUAUGAUAAUUACAGCAAGUUGAUCACGGCAACAGAGACAAUCAGAAAGAUGAGGACGAACAUGGACCCGUUAAAUCCAAUGGCUAGUACGCUGGACCCGGCAAUUGCGAGUAUCUAUGAGAGGGCUGAGAAGAUCAAGGGCGAGUUGAAGGAAGGUAUCCCGGAAUCACAGAGAAAACUUAUGGAGAUGGGCGCAGAGGAAAGAGCGGCAUUUCAGAAGAAACAGAACAUAAAGAAGCUUGUGCUGCGCGUUUUGGAAACACCCGAGAAAUUGAGAACUUUAAUAGCGGAGGGUAAUGAAGAGGAAGCCAAAUCAGAAUGGGAGAAAACUUUGGCGCUAUUAAGAAGAUGGAAAGAGAGGGGUGUUGGGGGAGAUGAUGUGCAAGCCUGUAUAGAAGACGGAGAGGCAGCUUUGAGGGGCGAGCCUCCAAAUGAGAAGAGUUGGAUUAACAUAAAGGCAAAAGGAACAUCAUGACGCAACGACAGCAACAUCUAAAUCACUUAUUUCACCCGGAAGCUCUAGCAAAUCAAUAUUCGUGUAACCUGGUAGGCUCACCGGGUUGCCACUAUUCUACCAAUCCACCUCAUCCUUGUGGAUGAUAUCAAAGGGAUCCCUAUCGACCUCGCUUACUGC